AUGUAUGAAGAACGACGUGGAACCCCGUUUCGGUUGUGCUUCCUCCCUACCCAAAUGCAGGUGGGAGUGGAGAAGUAUGGUUAUAGUCCUGAAAAGUUAUUAAAUAAUUAUCGUUCUAGCUUCUUGCGUAAUGCCUAUGGAUCCAAGAAGGUCUAUCUACCAUUGAAUUAUGGCACUCAUUGGUAUUUGGCAGUGGUAUUGACAGAAUCAAAACAAGUACAUCUGGUUGACUCAGCACCUAUGACAGACCGCAAUGGAAAUCGUAUGAAAGUUGUAGGACGCAUGAUGGCAUUUUUACAUGAUUUAUUUGAAAAGCUAUACUAUGAGCUAGAGAAGAUGAAUGAAGCGCCAAACAUCCGCAAUUUUCAGUUGAUCAUUCCUGAUAAGGUUCCUAUACAAGAAAACGGGUAA